CGAAAAAUGUGUACAAAAAUCGCGCUAAAAAUGUGAAAAUCUGCACAACGCAUUUUAAGUGACUCGCAUGGUGCUGUGCAACAUAAACGUGUUGAAAACAGAGCGCAAAGCGCUGUAUAUGACAAGGAUAUGAAGAAUAGUGAUGACUCGGAUGAGGAUGCGCGUGAGGAGGUGCGUCAAAUAAAGCAUGGCGAGUUGCGUGCCGCCGUCAGCAUUGGAGAUGAACGCACGGUGCGCGUGCUGCUCGAGGCGCUGGGUAGGGAGCGACAGAUCAUUGUCAAUAUGGCACCAGCCGGCGCCAAUACGCUUCUCUUUAUCGCCAGUCAAUCCGGCUUCGAGAGCAUCACACAACGGCUGAUUGACGCUGGUGCAGAUGGACGCUCACAUGCGGUCACCAAGUACUCACCGCUCUAUGCAGCCGUUCACAAUGGUCAUUAUGGGAUUGCCAAGCUUAUGCUCGAGCGCUUUCCGGAGCUGAUACAACAGGCGACUGUGGAGCGCUGGCUACCACUGCAUGCGGCCUGCAUCAAUGGGCAUAUCAAGAUGCUGGAGCUGAUAAUCGGCUUUCCAUAUCCCGACUACUUCUAUCAGACAUAUCGUGACGAGGAGGGCCAAUGGGAGUGGCGCCUGCCCUUCGAUGCUAAUGCCCAGGAUGUGACUGGGCAAACCAGUCUCUACAUUGCCAGCUUGCUUGGCAAUAAGCAGCUGCUGGGUGUACUGCUUAAGUGGCAACUGCGUUGUCGGCGCACCUUAAGCGAGGACUCGGGCAGUUCGACGACGGGCCAGAGCACGCCCAUAACGCCCACGCGUAAGCGCAUCUCCUUUGGCAUACAAGCCAUUAUGUCCAAGCUGCAUAUAUCUGGCGAGGGUGACGCGCUCGAAGCGCAGCCAACGCAGGAGCAGGAGUCACAGCGAUGUCCCAUCCAUAUCAAUUUGCUGUGUGGUGCGGCACGCGAAACAGCGCUGUUAGCUGCGGUGCGAGGUGGGCAUUUGGAUGUCGCGCAAGCGCUGCUGCAGCAUGGCGCCAAUCCAAAUAUUGUGGCCAAGCCCGUGGAAGAUCACAACGAUCCCAAGUGCAGCGAGGAGAUCUAUGGCUUAAGCAAUAUGCCUAUUACGGAGGCUUGCAAACAGCGCUCCUUGCCCAUGUUGGAUCUACUGCUGAAGUUUGGAGCACGGGAUGAUAAUGGCACGGCCAUAAGCGUGGCCAUUGCCAGCGAGGAUGAGGCGCUAUUAAGUCGCCUGUUGGCGCGACGUGUGCAUCCCGACUCAGACUACAAGAUUAACAAGAAGGGUCUGCCCACGCCAGUGGAGGUGAAUGUGUUUCUGCCUUCUGCCAGCAAUAUAUCGUACAGCGCCAUGUUUCCUAAUGUUCCAACGAUAAUUGACUGGCACAGCCUUAGCAUGAAUGUGCAGCUUCCCUUCGUACGGAUUGGCUGGCUGGUGAGUGGAGUGCUACAACUGAAUCCCAAGCUAAGUUCGCAUCCUAGGCUCAACGAGGUGGCACUAACGGCUAUCACACGCAUUGAUUUUUCGCACAACCUAUUAACCAGCAUUCCCCCCGAGCUGUUUAACUUAGUUAGUCUCAAAUAUCUGAACAUUGCCCAGAACAAAAUCACGGAGCUGCCGGCGCCCCUGGACAAGACCUACAACUGUCCAGUGCUAGAUGAGCUCUUUCUGCAAGAUAAUCAGCUGACCUGCCUGCCGGCGGCUAUUUUCCAUCUGCCCGCGUUGACCAUUUUGGAUAUUUCCAACAAUAAGCUGCAACAGCUGCCCUUUGAUAUGUGGCGAGCGCCCAAGCUGCGUGAACUGAAUGUGGCCUUUAAUCUGCUGCGCGAGUUGCCUGUGCCGCCCAUGCAAACUAGCGGCUCGCUGAUGAGCCUGGACAAGUUGCAGCUACUGCAAUCCUGUGAUGAGCCAUCCUCCAAUAAGCCGCACACGCUGCUACAUCGGACACUGACGCAUCGCAAUCUCUGGUCCACAGCACUGGAUAUCACUGACAAUGACUUGAAGUGGCAGCAGGACCAGGAGCAAGAGCAGGAACAGGCUGUGGCUGAUGGCAAGGCGCCGUAUGGUGCAUCGCAGCUAAGCAGUUUGAAUAUUGCCAACAAUUUGUUCACCAGCAUUCCCGCUGCUCUGCCCUGUCUGGCAGUUAAUUUAACACGGCUGAACAUGUCCUACAACAGCCUUCGCUCCAUGGGCCAUGUGACCAGCUAUCCGGCCACACUGAAGCAGCUGGAUUUGAGCCAUAACGAGAUCUCGUGCUGGCCCAGCUUGCCGCGCAUUACCGAAUCCGAUCCGCAUCUGCUGUGCUAUAGUCAUGUCCAGCUGCCAGAGGGCAUGGAUGAGCCCAUCUAUAAGUCGUCUAAAGGCAGCAGCUGCUCCUUUCGUGCCUCUGUGCUGAAAAGCGUCUGCCGGCACAGGCGCCAUUUGCGUCUGGAGGCGCUGCGGACGCUCAUCUUGGCCGAUAAUCUGCUGACGCGCAUACAGCUGUCUACAGAUGAUGCCACGACGUUGUUCAAUGAGAGUGAGGAUGCCGACUGGAGUGUGGUGGGCGUCAACAAGUCGAAGGUCAUAUUUCCCAAUCUAUCAAUGCUGGACAUGACUAAUAACUGUCUGAAGGAAAUACCUGCCUCCCUGCAUGAGCUAAGCAGCCUCUCCGUUUUAAAUAUCAGUGGGAAUGUUCAGAUUACCGAGUUGCCACCACAUCUGGGUCUGCUCUCGCGGCUGUGGAACCUGAACACACGCGGCUGCCUGCUGCAGGAGCCGCUCCGCUCCAUGAUUGAAAGUAAAAAGCACAAGACCAUGGACAUAGUCGGUUAUUUGAAGUCCAUCUAUGAGGAUGCGCAGCCGUAUGCACGCAUGAAGCUAAUGGUUGUGGGCUCGUGUGGAAUCGGCAAGACCACGUUGCUAGAUCUACUGCGUCAGGGUGUGGGCAAUGGUUCGGGUGGCUCCAGUUCGCAUCGUUCGCGCGCCAAUGAGAAUCAUUGGGCCAAGCGCAUGGGACACGCGCGCAGCACCUCGCGCUCCCAGCGCCAGGCGAACAUCUCAACGGUUGGCGUGGAUAUUGGCACCUGGAUCUGCGAGAAGCGCAAACGGGCAACAGGCUGUCAAGCGAUUGUCUUUCGCACAUGGGAUUUUGGCGGCCAGAAGGAAUACUAUGCGACACAUCAAUACUUUCUGUCCAAGCGCAGUCUCUAUCUGGUGCUUUGGCGCAUUAGUGAUGGCCACAAGGGCUUGGCGGAACUGCUGCAAUGGCUAGGCAAUAUACAGGCGCGUGCUCCAAAUUCACCGGUGCUCAUUGUCGGCACGCAUUUCGAUACGGUUGGUGAAUCCAUCUCCGCACAGCAGGCAGAGCAAUUGCAGCAGCUGAUACGCGAGAAGUUUAUAGCUAUUCCAGAUGCUGAGAAGAUUGGAUUACCGCGUGUCAUUGACUCCAUUGAAAUCAGCUGUCGUACACUGCACAAUAUCCAUUUGUUGGCCAACAUCAUCUACGACACAGCCAUGCAGCUGCGAUCGCCCGGCUCCAAGGAGCCUAUGUUGCUGCAGAAGAUACCAGCAACCUAUAUUGCUUUAGAGGAUAUUAUUAAUGUGAUUGCUUGUAGUCUACGCGCCGCCGGUCGCGAUCCGGUAUUGGAUGCGGAGCAAUAUCGUUGUAUGGUCACAGAGCAAAUGCGUUUGCAUAACUACAAGAGUUUUCGCGAUGCCGCGGAGCUCCAGCAGGCAACAACCUGGUGUCACGAUAAUGGCAUUCUACUGCACUAUGAUGAUGCCACGCUUAGGGAUUACUAUUUUCUUGACCCACAGUGGCUGUGCGAUAUGUUGGCGCAUGUGGUUACUGUGCGGGAGAUAAAUCCCUUUGCACCUACGGGCGUCAUGAAGCUAGACGACCUGCAGCUGCUCUUUCGCAGUGUGCACGCCCAGGGCAAUGGGAAUCGUAGCUAUAUAGUAAGCUUGUUAAACAAGUUUGAGGUGGCGUUAACCUGGGAUUCGCGUACGCUUUUGAUUCCCUCAUUGCUGCCUCUGCAGGAGGCGGCUGCCUAUAACGAAGGAACCACGGUUAAAUUACUGCAACGUGUACGAGGUCGUAAUCUGGGCUGCUCCGUCUCGCAGGAGCUCAAUCUGAAUAAGCUCAUCUAUGAACAGCAUCUGCCACGUACCCCAACGUGUUCGGUCUCCGCGGCCAGUCAGGGCUUGCGUCGCAUGCUGCUCAUGACGUACUUUCCUUCCGGCUUCUGGUCACGUCUGCUUACGCGUGUUCUGGCCGACGAGCAAAUAAUUGAGGCUAUUCGAGGCGUGUAUGUGGCCGCACAGGAUAAAUAUCUAGACUUUGAUUUGCGUGGCUCGCUGGAGCAGGACACCCAGUGGAACCUGUGGCAAACGGGUCUGGCAUUAUACUACGGACCCAUACUUAUCUUUCGCAUUUGGGAAGUGCCCUUCCAAAGCAACGAACGCACACAGCCUUUUCGCACAGCUGGCAACCGCUUCAAGCUCAAAUUGGAUGGCGCUUGGAGCGAUGUGAACCUGAGCUCCUCUAGUAUUUUGGAGGUUUACUUCCCACUGCUUCACGUGAGCAUUUACCAAGAGCUCGAUGCGGGCGAACGGCAACUGCUGGCUGAGUUACAGCCGCAUAUGUCCCAUGUGGCUAAGCUGUUAGCUCUGGUUGUGGACCACAUAGAUCUGCUGUUGGAGGAUUGGUAUCCAGCGCUCGGUACACGCUUUGUGCAUACCUCUGAGGGGCGUUUCUUGAUAACACGCUUAGUGCUUUGCCCACGUUGCCUCCGGAAGCUCCAACUACAGAAUGGUGCAGAGCCUGUGGAGCGGGAGCCCAGUCUGAGUGGCAGUAGACCCAGUCGCAGUGGUAAACGUGGCACUUUCUUUUUACAUGGCAUUGGUGAUCCUGGUGACGACGGCGCCCUGAAUGUGUUUUCCGCUUAUCUUAAUGCAACUGCAAGCCGGGAGAGACGCUCAGCCGAUUCGCUGGGUGCUGGCUCAGAUGCGGAUUCGGGCGUAGGACCGGACUCGGCUUUCUCUUCCCGCAACACCUCUGUGGAUGGACAUCCAGCUUAUGCUUCGCAUAAUCUACCAGACAACUCGAAUGUCUGCUAUGCCUGGAUGGUUGAGGAGUGCAUUUUGUCCGUAUACAAUCAAAGCAAACUCAGCUGCCCGGUUCAUCUGGAGCAGUCAAUGGCACAGCUGGCACCUGAUGUCAUCUUUGCAGAUAUUCCCGACAAGCAUACAAUUGCCCCUGAAUGCAUCAUCAAGGGGUCGCUACUGGGACGCGGCGCCUUUGGCUUUGUCUUCAAGGCCACAUGCAAGUUGCGUGGCGCUCGAGCGUCCCGACCGGUGGCCAUGAAAAUGCUGCAGCCGGUGCAGCCAGGUGCGCGGGCUAAGGAGAGUGCUUUGAUGGCUUAUAAGGUGGCCGUGGGUAAAUGGGAUCGCGAUCCGCUGCAGCAUUCCUGCAAGGCCUAUUGCACCGCUAGACAAGAGUUGGCCGUACUGCUCACACUGAAGCAUCCGAAUAUUGUGCCUCUAGUAGGCAUUUGCAUAAAACCUUUGGCCUUGGUGCUGGAGCUGGCGCCACUAGGAGGUCUUGAUGCACUGUUGCGCCAGUAUAGGCGCAGUGGCGCACACAUGGGUCCUCAUACAUUCCAAAUGUUGGUUCUGCAGGCCGCACGCGCCAUCGAGUAUCUGCAUCGCCGGCGCAUUAUAUAUCGGGAUCUGAAAUCUGAAAAUGUGCUCGUCUGGGAGCUGCCACAGCCGCACAGUGAGGAUAGUCCACGCAACCAGGUGCAUAUUAAAAUUGCAGAUUAUGGCAUCAGUCGUCAAACGGCGGCUGGUCUUAGUGCCAAAGGCUUUGGCGGCACGGAAGGCUUUAUGGCGCCCGAGAUCAUACGUUAUAAUGGCGAGGAGGAGUAUACAGAAAAGGUGGAUUGCUUUUCUUUUGGUAUGUUUAUUUAUGAGAAUAUUAGCCUGCGCCAGCCUUUUGAGGGUCAUGAGUCUAUCAAGGAGUGCAUAUUGGAGGGCAGUCGUCCGGCGCUGACACAGCGCGAGACACAGUUUCCCACCUGUUGUCUAGAUCUCAUGGUACUCUGCUGGCACGAACAGCCGCGUCGACGGCCAUCAGCUAGUCAGAUAGUUUCUAUACUCAGUGCGCCUGAGUGCAUCCAUUUGCUGGACGUGGUAGCUCUGCCGCACAGCGACAAGAUUGUUUGCGGCGCAUUUCAAUUAUUGUUGGGCAGCAUUGAGGAGGAGCGCUCCGGCCUUGAACUGUGGCUGCCUGCUUUUGGUUCACACAUUGACAUACUAGACGUUGCUCUAACUGGUAGUCUGCUGCAGUGCAGCAGCAUUAGUUGUGCUCCACAGCCGCAAAUGGUGCCGCCUAAAACGCCCGAAACUAGCGCAACCGCACGUGCACGUUCCGCACAGCGUGUGCCCAAGGUGAAUAUGCAAUGCUGCUGUUUAGUGGGUGAGGCUAUUUGGAUGGGUGAUGUUUCGGGUAAUUUGCACGCGUACAGCACAUCGAGCUAUGCACAUUUGUUCUCCUACAUGCUUGAUCCCGCCAUCAAGUCAGCUGUAAUAAGUUUAGUGUAUAUGGAGGACAUUGUGCGUGUCGCUGUGGGAUUACAAAAUGGUCGUGUUUUCCUGGUGGAUGCCAGUCGUAUGCCCAGUAAUUGCGCCUUUGCCGAGGGCUCAUUUGUGCUCACCGAGAUUUGUUCCGGUUUUGUGCUUCAUGCCGCCUGCUCAGUACUGAUUGAAGGCAAUUAUGAGCUGUGGUGUGGCGAGUUAGCUGGCAAAAUCAAUGUUUUUCCUGUUAAUGAGUCUGGCGUGUGCGGUCAUCAGGCCUUGUGCCACAGCGAGGAGCCCAAUCUGAUCGAGGAUGUUAAAGUGGUGCGCCUGUGCAGCAAUGAUAGCCACGUCUUUAGCUGUUUGUAUCCCGGCUGCAUGGUAUAUCAGUGGGGUACAAUGACGAAGCGUAUUGAAAAUAAAUUGGACUGCUCAAAGCUGCUGCCCUGUUCCGAAUCCCUACAGAGCAUUGCAAUUGAUGAGCACGUAAAUCUUAUUAAAUGCCAAAUCUCGGCACUGGCGGCACACAAUACCGAGCUGUACAUAGGCACCACCUGGGGUUGUCUCAUUGUGGCCGAGCUGCAAUCGCUGCGUCCCAUUAGUGUAUUUCGUCCUUAUGAGAAUGAGAUUAAAGCUAUCAUAACCAUGCCGAAUGCCAGCGUGCCGCUAAUAGCUACGCUUGGGCGACGCUAUCGUUCGCUGAUCUCGCGCUAUGUGGACAUGGGUGAGUCCACUUCGAAUACAGCUAGCUCAGUGGCCAGCACGCCCACGCAUGGUGCGGGCAAAUCGAUGCCUCCAUCUAAUGUGGAUAAUCACAUACAUUGCCUGUUGUGGCGAGCAAAGAACUGGACCUAAGACCGAUCUCAACUACGUA